AUGGCUAUCGUUAAGAGAGGAGGGCGUACGAAAAAUAAAACGCAACAAGCUCCGCCAGCUCGAGCAGGGAUUAAGAAGGCAGAAUUUGAUCUUCAUAAAAAGAAAGAAGUAGGAGUUUCAGAUUUGACCUUGUUAACCAAAAUUACUGAUGAAGCUAUAAAUGAGAAUUUACACAAGAGAUUUAUGAAUGAUACAAUCUAUACUUACAUUGGACAUGUGUUGAUCUCGGUGAAUCCGUUCCGAGACUUAGGCAUUUAUACUCCGGAAACUAUGAAGACAUAUCAUGGAAAGAAUAGAUUAGAAGUCCCACCACAUGUAUAUGCCACUGCCGAAGCAAUGUACUACAAUUUAAAAUCCUAUGACGAGAGCCAGUGUGUCAUUAUAUCUGGAGAAUCUGGUGCUGGUAAGACAGAGGCUGCAAAGCAGAUCAUGCAAUAUAUUGCUAAUGCAUCAGUCGACGAGGGCAAUGCUGAGAUAUCAAGGAUUAAAGAUAUGGUUUUGGCCACAAAUCCUUUGUUAGAAUCUUUCGGAUGUGCUAAAACCUUGAGAAACAACAAUUCUUCCAGGCAUGGUAAAUAUUUAGAAAUCGAAUUUAACACCAACUAUCAGCCAGUUGCAGCUCAUAUCACGAACUAUUUGUUAGAAAAGCAAAGAGUCGUCUCUCAAAUUUCAAAUGAGCGUAACUUUCAUAUUUUUUAUCAAUUUACAAAAAACUGUCCACCUCAGUAUCAGCAGUCCUUUGGUGUUCAAGGACCUGAAUCCUAUGUCUAUACAUCGGCAGCUAAAUGUGUUAAUGUGGAUGGAAUUGAUGAUAGUAAGGACUUUCAAGAUACUGUGAAGGCCAUGCAAGUUAUUGGAUUGACUCAAAAUGAACAGGAUGAUAUAUUUAAAAUGUUGGCCCUGAUUUUAUGGAUCGGAAAUGUCUCAUUCGUAGAAGAUGAAAGUGGAAAUGCAGCAAUUAGGGAUGAAAGUGUCACCAAGUUUGUUGCUUACUUAUUAAACGUUGAUGCUGAAAUUUUGAAGAAAGCACUUAUUGAAAGAGUGAUGCAAACAUCUCAUGGUAUGAGACGUGGCUCGACAUAUCAUGUUCCUUUAAAUAUAGUACAAGCGACAGCUGUCCGUGAUGCUUUAGCGAAGGGUAUUUAUAAUAAUCUUUUCGAAUGGAUCGUAGACAGAGUUAAUAUAUCGCUUAAAGGAAAAGGACAAUCGCAUAAAUCAAUUGGUAUAUUAGAUAUUUAUGGUUUCGAAAUUUUUGACCAUAAUUCCUUUGAGCAAAUUUGUAUUAACUAUGUUAACGAAAAGUUGCAACAGAUUUUCAUUCAGUUGACAUUGAAAGCAGAACAAGAUGAAUACGUCCAGGAACAAAUCAAAUGGACUCCAAUUGACUAUUUCAAUAAUAAGGUUGUAUGCGACUUAAUAGAAGAAACUAGACCGCAACCUGGUUUAUUUGCGGCCUUAAACGAUUCUGUGAAGACUGCUCAUGCGGAUUCUGACGCUGCUGAUCAAGUUUUUGCUCAAAGAUUAAGUAUGGUGGGUGCAAAUAAUCGUCAUUUUGAAGAUCGCAGAGGAAAAUUCAUUAUUAAGCACUAUGCUGGUGAUGUUACUUACGAUGUUGCAGGUAUGACUGAUAAAAAUAAAGAUGCUCUUUUACGUGACUUGGUAGAAUUGCUUGCGACAUCCUCGAAUCCUUUUGUAAGUCAAGUUUUAUUUCCUCCUGAAUUGUUGAACUCCAUAAUUGAUUCCAAAAAGAGGCCAGAGACCGCAUCUGACAAAAUCAAAAGAAGUGCCAAUCUUUUAGUCGAUACGUUGUCUCAAUGUACUCCAUCAUACAUUAGAACUAUUAAACCAAAUCAAACCAAGAAACCCAGAGAUUACGACAAUCAUCAAGUGUUGCAUCAAAUUAAAUAUUUAGGUUUAAAGGAAAAUGUUAGAAUUAGAAGAGCAGGAUUUGCUUAUCGUACAACAUUUGACAAGUUUGUUCAGCGCUUCUACUUGUUGUCGCCUGCAACAGGAUAUGCUGGUGACUAUAUUUGGAGCGGCGAUGAUAUCACUGCUGUUAGAGAAAUAUUGAUGUCUUGUCAUAUUCCUCAAUCUGAAUUCCAAUUGGGUACAACCAAAGUCUUCAUCAAAAAUCCCGAGACUUUAUUCGCCUUGGAGGAUAUGAGAGAUAAAUAUUGGCACAAUAUGGCAGCAAGAAUACAAAGGGCCUGGAGACGUUAUGUGAAACGGAAAGAUGAUGCUGCCAGAUUAAUUCAGAGUGCUUGGAGAGUGAAGAAGCAUGGUAAUCAAUUUGAACAGUUGCGUGACUAUGGAAAUAGUCUUUUGCAAGGAAGAAAGCAGCGUCGCAGAAUGUCAAUGCUAGGCUCUCGUUCUUUUAUGGGUGACUACCUUGGGUGUAAUUUUGGAUCAGGCUACGGUAAAUUUAUUUUGAAUAAUACUGGAAUUAAAGACAAAAUUAUAUUUUCAACAAAAGGUGAGAUACUUUUGUCCAAGUUCGGUAGGUCUUCAAAGAGAUUACCCAGAAUUUUUCUUUUAACUAAAAGCAAUCUUUAUAUUAUUGCUGAAGCUGUUGUCGAUAAGAGACUCGCAUUACAUACUGAAUUUACUAUUCCUGUCAGCGGUAUAAACUACGUUGCUUUAUCAAAUUUUCAAGAUAACUGGGUUGCUAUCUCUUUACACUCGCCUACCCAAUACACUCCAGAUGUGUUCAUAAACUUAGAUUUCAAGACAGAGCUUGUCACACAUUUGAAAAAGCUUAACCCGGGUCUCACUAUUAAAAUAGGACCAACCGUGGCAUAUCAAAAAAAGCCUGGCAAAUUUCAUACUAUUAAGUUUGUUACUGGAAAUAAUGCCCCAGUACAUGGUGAUCUAUAUAAAUCAGGUACAGUUACUGUAAGAGAAGGGUUAUCACCUACAAGCAAAAACCCUAAGAGACCAAGAGGUAAAUCCACAGCGGUCGAUUACAGCAAGUACUAUAAUAGAGGAUCUACUAGAAGAACCACAUCUUCAUAUGCCCCUCCCCAAGUUAACCAUGAUCAAUCCAGAAAUGUGCAACGACCGACGUAUCCUGCUUCGUUUUCUGGGACAGAACCUGCCCAAACUCACACUCAAACUCAAGCUCAAGCUCAACGUAGAGUGCCUCCACCUGCACCGGUACUCAAUAAGCCUACAGCACCACUGAGGCCAGUCAAAAAGACUGCUCCUGUCCCUCCGACAAAGAAGACAGCACCUCCAGCACCCCCAGCACCACCUUCAUCGUUAGCUACCCCAAAACCAAAGCAUCCAACAUAUAAAGCUUUGUACGAUUAUGAUGGAUCAAUUAGCGGAUCAAUACCUCUUGAGAAAGACACAAUAUACUACGUCAUUAGUGUCAAUGGCAAAUGGGGUUUGGUGAAGACUUUAGAUGAGUCCAAAGAAGGGUGGUCUCCAAUUGAUUAUUUAAAGGAAUGUGAGCCCUCUUCAACAAACGGUCAUAAGUCAGCACCGCCUCCACCUCCACCUCCUUCGGCAGCACAACCAUCUACUCAGGCCAAACAGCAACCUUAUCAUGCUAGUGUGCUGUCCUCCAAAAAUGCGGGACAGAAUGGAAAUUUAAGCAAUGGGUUGGCUAAUGCAUUAAUGGAAAAGAAGAAUGAAGAAACGAAUUUGGCUGGGUCAUUGGCUGAUGCUCUUAAAAGGAGGCAGGGUGCAACGAGAGAUGAUAGUGAUGAAGAGGAAGAUGACGAUGACGAUGACUGGUAA